UUUGCACAGAUUUUUUUUCUGAGGACUGGAAAGCAAGAGAGGCUGCUCUUUCUUCAUCGUGUUUAAGGGAGUUGUUGAGGAAGAGAGCGUUUAUACCACUGUUCACUUCACUUCUCCACAUGUAACGUGGCAACUGGAGAUGGCAAAGCUCAUCAACAAGUGAAGCUUAUUCUUAAUUUCUUCAAAUAAUCGCGACAUGGAAGCGGUGAACUUGGACAGCAAAGCGGAUCGCUUUAACGGCAGCGUGGAGGAGCAGUACCGGACGCUGGCGUAUGACACCGCGCUAAGUACUUUACUCGCAGUGCUGGUCUACGUGGUGGUGAAGGUGAGCCUGGACGGAAUCCGCCAAUGGCGAGCUAGAAUCUCGGUUCUGAUCGUUGGCUCGGGUCCUAUCGGACUGACCGCGGCACUAGUCGCUGUCCGUUCGGGGAAGGUGCUGAAGUUGACGGUGCUGGAUGAGCGCUACCGGAGCGCGCUGCUCUGCAGACCCCAACAGAUCGCGCUGGAUCCCCGCAGCGUCCGCUUCCUACUGGACCUGGGGGUGGAUUUCGACAACAUGGAAGGGUGCUGGCACAACGAGCACUUUUUCACCAAAAUCGGAGUGUUUCAAGAGUAUUUGCUGAGCAUCCUGGAGCAGAAGAAGCAAAAGGUUGACGUGAAAGUCCAUUUGGGUACAAAGUUUAGUGAAGAGUACCUGAGGAAGAUCCCGAUGGGGGAGUGGCCGCGGGUCAUUGUAGUUGCAGAUGGCUCGUGUGGUGAUUCGUGCUCUGUUCUGGGCAUCAGCGCUGAUUACAUUGUAGAAUCAUGUCGUGCUUAUGGAGCCAAUGCCACUAUAGAAAGACUGGACCAGAGACAGGUUCCCACACCAGAGAUCCGAGCUCACAGUUUAUACUUUGAUCUAUCAGCGUAUGGUAUUGACACUCCGAAAGAACCACGCAGCUCCACCCAGACUGCAGCAAAACCAGGAUUCCAUCUGAAGAUAUAUGGAACAUUCCGGAACCGCUACAUGGCUCUGGCCUGCACUUCAGGUGCAGAUUCCAAAAUGAUGCAUUUCCUGCGCCACACAGCCAACUCUUCUAUCAUGAAGAACAUCUUCCAUCAGUCCUUCAACGCAUAUAAGACAGACAUUGAGUCACGUCUGAGUGAACUCACCCUACAUCACAUGCAGUGCAGUCGGAAGCUGUUUGAGAUCAUGCUGUCAUACAGACGAGUUAAUGCUGCUUACAUUGAAGGAGAUAAUGUUGCAGUGACUGUGGAAGGAGAAGCUGCAAGAGUGCUCAACUUUGACACUGGUUGUGGUGUGAACUUUGGCAUGAGAGGACUGGAGUCGCUCGGAUUGUUCAUUUACAGAACUGCUACGGCACUGGACCAAAACGAUGUGUUUGAGGCGCUCUCUGCCAAAAUCCAGCACUCCAGACACGUGGCAGAGACUUUCAAGCAAACCGGACUGGCCUCUGCAAUGUUUGAAUGACACUGUGCACAUUUGUGUUUGAGUGAGCAGUAUCUGUGCAUGUAUGCUUUGUGAUACAUCAUUAAGAACUUGCAGAAUGUAAUGCUUACAAACUGUGAUCUGAAAUUUGUAUUUAUCUGAUAUUUUUUUUAACAUUGUGUGUGAUUACUUUUAUAAGCGAAUGUUGUUUUCAAUUUGGAGUACGCGUAUUUGUAUUUAAUUUGUGAAGUUUAUUACAUUUAUUCAUUUGGCAGACACUUUUAUCCGAAGUGACUUACAAAAGAGGAAAACACAAGCAAAUCAUUUUAAGGAGACAGUGGUAUAAAAGUGCCAUACUACAAAGUUUCACUAGCAUCAGAAUAGUAUUCUAAACAAGUGCAAAUUAUUAUUAUUUUUUUGUUAGUGACUAGUUAAGUGCUCUCGGAAAAGAUGUGUUUUAAUUCAUUUUUUGAAGACAGAGAGUGAGUCUGCCUCAUGGAUAGAGUUGGGGAGUCAUUCCACCAACGAGGUAUGAUCAAACUGAAAGUCCGAGAACAUUUUUUGGUGCCUCUGUGUUGGUACAACAAGGCAAUGUUCCUUAGCUGAAUGCAGGCUUAUAGUGGGUAUUAUUUUAGGUAUGUUGGAGCAGACCCAGUGAUUUAGUGUAUUAGUGUAAUGUGAUGGUUAAAAUAUGUUCAUGGAACAUUUGUGUGUAUCUUAUUUUUUAAUUACAACUGUCAGAAUUAACUCUUGCGAUUAAUGAAAAAAAAAAAAGAAAAGCUUAACACGUUUAUUUUUCUUAAUCGCGAUUUACUCAUUUACCGUUAAUACAACAUAAACGCAAUAUUGGGCAGAGCGGAACCUUUGUAAUGUGUCUGCGCGGCGUCAUUAAACUGACUGACACACACACACACAACAAACAAAUAAACAACCGCCAUUCACCACUAAGUGGCGGUGACGUCACCACGACGCUUGUGCCAGGCUAUGUGCACGUUUAGGCCACGUGAAGUGUCGAACGGGACACGGGACAGAUCCAACCGGUGACACAGGUCGAAUGACUGAGAUGACUGGCUGAUGCACCACCUGUGCCCCCUGCUGUGACAACUUGCAGUGCUUUAGCCACCCUGCGCUCUGCUCGUUGUUGUGAGCGUCGCUCCUCUGCCCUCCGUUGUUGUUGGAGGGCGACUGCCUCCAACUGGCCAGCAGCAUCCUUCACAAGCCUCCUCCAAAGAGGCUGAUCUUGACACUGCUGGUACCAAUCAUCGGCAAGUCCACCCAGCUUCAAAUCCCCCUGUACCACAUCACUCCAUCUCUUCUCCAGCCAGUGCUGCGCCUGCUUAGCCCCCUCUAUCCGGCCGAACAAAAACUGUUUAGGCAUGAGGUGGCCGGGCAUGCGGGCUACAUGACCCAGCCAACGCAACCUUGCCUGCCGGAGGAGCUCACCGAUGGGACUUUGUCCACAUCUUUCAAAGACUUGUGAGCUCCUCACAUAAUCCAGUCUGGUUAAACCCAGGAUGGAUCUUAGGCAGGCCAGCCUAAAUGUUUCGAGCCGGCGAUGAUGUUCCAUUAGGGGGGUCCAAGUUUCGCAAGCAUAGAGAAGGGAGGGAAUGACCGUGGCCGAGAAUACUUGAAGCUUUGUGCGGAGCGACAAAUCGGGUAGCUUCCACACAGCGUUACGCAACCGAUGAAAAGAUAAUGCUGCUCGACUGAUUCAGAGUGAGACCUCUGCUGUCAAACCGGAGCUGGUCAUAAGCACACUUCAUGGAAAACACUCCACUCUCUCCACAACUGCCCCAUCACCAAUUGGGAGCUGUGGGGGUGUAGUGUCCGGUGGUACAUAAUACCCAGGAAGGUGCUUAGUUUUGGUUGGGCUGAUGGUAAGGUCCCAUCUCUUAGUGGCAAGCUCCAGGUUCAUCAGCAGCACCUCCAACUCCUCCUCUGAGUGAGCAGCAAUCACCAGAUCAUCAGCAUACAUAAUGUGGUUGACCAAUAGGGAGCCAUCCCUUGACCGCACCCGGGCAUCGAUCAACCUCCCAUUAUAUCUGUACCAGAUGGAAAUUCCUCCAGUACAGCCAUCGAAGGCUUCAUGAACCACAUGGUCGAAAUAGAUAAUAAAUAAUGUGGGGGCCAGAGGACAUCCCUGUCACACUCCAAGGUGAACAGGGAAUGGCUCCGACUCCCGACCACGUAGUUUUACCCGGGCCCGCUCGCCAUCAUGAAGGUCCUUAAUGAUCGCGAGCUGUGGGUCUGGGACUCCGAAAGCACGAAGAACAACCCAGAGCCCAGGCCUACUGAUGGUAUCAUAGGCCUUGACCAGGUCAAUAAAGCAGAGAUGUAGGUCUUGCUGGAAUUCCCAACACCUCUGCUGUAGCAGACGGACAGAGAAUAUGGCAUCUGUGCAAGACCGCCCCUUCCUGAAACCACACUGGGGCUCCGCAAGUCUCUCCUCAGCGUGCCUGGCAAGGCGAUGUUGAAUAAUCCUUGCCAGGACCUUUCCCGGCACACUGAUGAGUGAGAUGCCCCUAUAGUUAUUGCAAUCUGAGCGGUACCCCUUUUUAAAGAGAGGGACCACCAGGGCAUCCUUCCAAUCCUGCGGAACCCACCCAGUGGUCCAGACUGUUGUUAUGAUGUCAUGUAGGGCAAUCUGUGCACAAACACCAACCUCCUUCAGCAUUUCACUGGGGAGAUCAUCUCUGCCCAGUGCCUUUCCUGGCCUCAGGCUUUGGAUCGCCUUCAGUACUUCCUCCAAAGAUGGCACCUCAGCCAGCCACCCACAGGGAGCGAGUUCUUCUUUCAAUAUUUGUGGCACCGCAGCCCCAGCAGUGUCAUCCCCACUUUGUCCCACAACGUUUUCCAGUCUCAGGGAAUUCCCCUCCCCCAGGACCUCACAGAAAUGCUCAGCAAAUCUGUAAACCUGUUUCUGGGGGUCGGAGAUUGGAUCACCGUUCUUUCCCCUAAUGAUGGUAAUAGGUGUGGUGCUGCAAGUAACUUUUUUGAUAGAAUAAAGAGCGAUUUGUGAUCGUGGGCCACCGAGGCAGACUCCAUCUCCUCAGCAACCCGCGACCACCAACCAUCCUUGCAGCGCCUCACGGCUCUCCGAACCUCCGAGCGAAGGCUCCUCAUUCUCUGACGUGGGAUGCUGUAGACGAUGAGAGUGGGCCUGUCGCUUUUUCUCAGCCAGCCUGAACACCUCCUCUGUCAGCCAGGAUCUCUGAGGAGGUCUGGACCGUGUGCUCAAAACUGCCAUUGCAGUUACAUGAGCCACAGCCCUAAACCUCGCUCAUUUCCCCUC